GGGUGGGGUUUCUAGCUGGUAUCCACACCACACCCUCUGACACAGCCUUUGCGCAAAGACGCACAAGACACUAUUUAACCGGACGGACCACGUCGCGCUCCCCCACAGCUCGUCCCUCUCUCUGUCCCGCUCAACGCACUCCGAUCGUCGGUCAUGUUUCGCUGUGGGAUCGCCUACCCCCGAUGCAGGUGGAUCGUGCCCCUGCUGCUGCUCUUCGCCAUUAUUUUUGACAUCAUCGCCAUCGCCGCUACCUCCGGAUGGGUCGAGGACGAGGACGCCAAGUCUCACUACGCCAGUAUGUGGAACCAGUACCGAGGCAGGAAUGACCAGUGGGACAGCAAGUCGCUCAUGGAGUUCUCUUGGGCCCAGGCGGUGGCUGCUCUGAUGAUCAUCGGCCUCCUCAUCCUCAUCGUCGCCUUCAUCGUCUCCUGCGUGGCUCUGUGCUGCUCGCUCAACAUCGCUCUCCUGCCCUUUAUAGGAGUCCUGUUGAUCGUUGUCGUGGUUCUCCAGGUCAUCGCGCUGAUCAUCUACCCCGUCAAAUUCAACGAGCUGAUCUUCGAGGGCCACUACUACUACACCUGGGCCUACGGCUUCGGCUGGGGCGCCACCAUCCUCUGCAUCGGCUGUGCCAUCCUCUUCUGCUGCCUGCCCCGCUACGAGGAUGAGCUGUCCGGCCUGGCCAAGACCAAAUACAUCUACUCCUCCGCUUAAAGACAAAACCUGCACACCCGCCCAGUUACAGCCAUCUCCACCCUUCACCCUGAGCCGGAUCUGUGCUGGCCAUUGAACAUUUUCACACUGUACCAUUUCACCAAAGAUCCACAAUGGCUCAGUUCAGUUAAAUUUGGUUCCUGCAGUGGAGAAGCCUUCCUCCGCCAUCCAAGAGUAGAAGCAAGAUUCUUUCUGGAAGUGGACUGUGAUUGGAUGUCGCAUCUGUUAGCCCACAGACCUCGAUUUUAGAUUAAGUCAGCACCAUAAAAAAGUUUUUUUUUCUUCACAUUCUGCAUUUGAGUGGAACACAUUCCUUAUUUUAUCUGUACUUUUGUACCUACAAUUCUCAAUGCAAGAUCACCCAAGUGCACUUAACCUAAGGGAUGUAAUUAUGUGUAAAGCAUCGCUCGAGCCUGCUUUAUUUGAGAUCGCCUAAAACUUUGGCAGUAAUUCAGAGGAAACAUUUGCACAGGAGAAAGGAGUCAUUAAUCAUCAUUUGGUUUUGCCCCAUUUAUUAUAAUUAGUUUUUCUCAGUUCUUCAAAGCGUGUCCUGUCCUCUGUAUGUUGCUUUGCGUAAGAUAAGAAUAAUAAGCGAAGGCUUGGACUCAGAGGCUGAAUGUAAGAUAUGGAACUGUAUGGAACUGUAUGUGUAGUUUAACAGUCGCGUUUGCACCUUUUUAAGUAUUUUUUAAAUUCUUAUUUACUCAUCAAAAGGGGUAUAACUGUGGGAGUUUGCUGUGCUGCUUUUGUAUCUAUUCUGAACACUACUAAUCUUACACUUCAUGAGUAGACACUGUGACUUUCCUGCUUCACCGUCACUCUAAAGUGGAAGCAAAUCGAAAAAAAUCCUCAUUGACUUUGACAAUUAAUCUGUCUCAUGCACAUUUAGAAAACAAUUUGAGUACCUUUUUCCAUUUUGACCCAGCCUUUUUGUAAUAUUCACUAAAUGGUCCAAACCCAUGCGAGCCUUCUUUAAUGUUGUGCCCACAUGUCAAAAUUUUGCUUUUGAGGAAAGAAUAUAAACUCAGAUGCUCAUUAUGUGCUUUCCUCGCCUCAAAGUGGGUACAUUAAGAGAAAGGACUAAACCAUUUUUCACAAUUUUUCCUUCCUUCUUGGAGUCAGACAGACACACCAAUCGUGUAUUUUCUAAAAGCCUCCAUAAGUUUUGAUAAUGCUCCUUUGGUUGACCGUCUGCUGAGACGAAGGUGCACAAUCUCCUGACAUACUGUGUAUUAAACCUUGUGCCUUAGCUUCUUCAGUGUUGUGAGUCCUUGAAUGUCCCAUCAGACUCGUCACUCUGGUUUCAUGACUCCUGCUUAAUCCCGGUCACCCGUCGCGUGGCUGUUCAUGCCAAGACCAACUUCAUGCUCGAGCGAGAGCAAGUCAUUUUGUUUUUAUAACGCGUAUCCCAGAGGGUUCUGAGGAAAGAUCGCUUGUGACUGCUGGAUGAAACGUGAUGAUUGAUCUUAGAUUAGUAGUCAAGUCUUUCAAGUUGUUUGUGAGGCAAAUUAACUACAUUAAUGUAAUUUGGUGGAAGUUUUAACUGACAGUGAGGGCAGAUGAAGGCAGGUUUACACUUGAAGAAACUCUGCCUGCGUGUCUCGUAGGUGAGAUGCAAAACAUGCUUUUACAUACGGGCAUGACUGUGUUUUCAACUCCAGCUUAGUCACUGCAUGGGUAUUUACUGUCCUGUAGAGAAUUAACUUUCAUCCACCUCUGGAAAUCACCCAGCUGUUCUUCCACUGUAGUAUGAAUUGAUUAUUUUUGGUAGUCUGUGUAUUUUUAUGCAAUAAAGAGUUUCUUUUUUUGGAA